GUCCCCUGUCUGUGUGUCUCACGCAGUGGGUGGUCACGUAUUAUUCGGCGAAUAGCAACCGGUAGCUAUCUACAGGACGGUCCGAACAUCAUUCAGUUAACUGGCCCUUGAAUGCCGAAAUAACUAUGCUUUCUCGUUUAUUAAAAGAGCACCAAGCGAAGCAGAAUGAAAGGAAAGAACUUCAAGAGAGACGCAGGCGAGAGGCAAUAGCAGCCGCCACCUGUUUGACUGAGGCCUUGGUGGACCACCUCAAUGUUGGGGUGGCCCAAGCCUAUGUGAACCAGCGCAAGUUAGACCAUGAGGUGAAGACACUACAGGUGCAGGCCAGCCAGUUUGCCAAGCAGACAUCCCAGUGGAUCAGCAUGGUUGAAAGCUUCAACCAGGCUCUCAAGGAAAUUGGGGAUGUGGAGAACUGGGCUCGCAGCAUCGAGAUGGACAUGAGAACAAUUGCCACAGCGCUGGAAUAUGUGCACAAGGGGCAGCUGCAGGCUGCAUCCUCUUAGACUCACCUCAGACGCACCGCGCUGGUCCAGCCUGGGUAAAGAUGUGGCCUUCACCAACUCCUCGGCUCAUACGCUGGCUUGGUUUUUUUUCUCACCAGCACAGUAUGUCAUUACCGUUAGUAGAUUAUACAUCUGCUUGGGCACAAGGAUGUGAAAGGCUGUAGCAACGCUUACUCGGGAGUAAAAAGCCUAUUAUGAUUAUUGAAGCCCAUGUUGAGAAACAAGACUACUCCCCAUAGCCCUACUCUGAGAUUACUGGGGCCUUUAUGUCAUGCUGGGUGUUUUCCACUUCUUGUUCCCAAUGAUGUGGCUUACAGGCAAAUACCAGCAGUUUUGCCAAGGCUCCAGUCUGACUGUAUAAGUCUUAUUCAGUUAUCACCUGUUUGAAAAGAUCUCAUUCUUCACAGCACUCACAGACCCAAGAGUUAAAUAUUAAAGCUUUCUACUAUAUAAAUUUUCUUUAAUUUUUCCAUAUUUUUAAUGAAUUCAAUGUUUUUUCAGUCGCUAAUCUUGUUGCCCAUUUUAUAUCUGCUUGCUUAAACGUUUGACAUAAAAACUAAGCAAUUAAUGGUUGACAUUUAAAAAGUCCAAAGACUUAAUUGUUUACAUUAUGGACAAACUCUUAAGUAAUUUGCCGUGAUUAUUUCUUAUUUCAUGUGUUUACCAGAAUACAAGGAUAAGCCAACAACUCUCUGCCAUAUUAUUUUUUUUUAAAAUAAAUGUUUGGUAGAUGGGGGGUGCGGUGCUGCAGUGGGUUG